GGCAUUGAAAGCGUUGCGGGUCGUUUGUUGAUAUUCAUAAUAUACUUAGUUAUCAGUUUGCAAAACAUACAUGAGGCUUAUCAUAAAACUGCGCAAUGUUAUUCACGGCCUUGACAAAAAGCUGCCAGAAGUUGUUGAGACAUUCAUCUAAGCUUCAUUUAUUGAGAUUAAGCCAGUCUAGUUAUCACAUGGCUAGUCAAAAUGAGCUCCAGAAUGGCCAGGGGCACUGGAUAGUGGACAUGCGAAGUGACACUCUCACCAAACCUACACCUAGCAUGAGGCAAGCAAUGGCCAAUGCAGAGGUAGGGGAUGAUGUCUUUGGGGAGGAUCCCACAGUCAAUGAAUUGCAAAAAAGAUGUGCUGACUUAUUUGGGAAGGAAGCAGCUCUUUUCGUGCCCACUGGUACAAUGGGAAACCUUAUCUCAAUAAUGACACAUUGCCAAGGAAGAGGGAUAGAGGCCAUCAUCGGUGAUAAUAGUCAUAUCAUGAGAUAUGAACAGGGAGGGAUAGCACAGUUUGCUGGUGUGAUGUCUGCUAUAAUACACAAUAAACCUGAUGGUACAGUGGACCUAGAGGAACUGAAGAGUAAGAUACGACCCCUUGAUGAUCCUCACCAACCUCACACCAAACUCAUAUGUCUUGAGAAUACACACAACUGCUGUGGUGGCAAAAUUUUACCUAUCAGCUUCUUGAAAGAGGUUUACAACAUAGCCCAGGAGAAUAACCUUAUAGUUCACUUAGAUGGAGCAAGGGUUCUCAAUGCAGCAAUAGCCCUAAAUAUACCCGUGUCCGACAUUUUACAGUAUGCCGACUCUGUCAAUAUGUGUUUCUCCAAGGGUUUGGCAGCUCCUGUAGGAUCCAUUAUAGCAGGGACAAGGCCCUUCAUAGAUACGGCUGUAAGGGUUAGGAAGGCCCUCGGUGGCGGUCUGAGACAGUCCGGAAUCCUGGCGGCGGCAGCUCUGUAUUCAUUGGAUAACAUUGUCCCACACCUUGGGAAUGACCAUGUUCACGCAAAGAAACUGGCCAAAGGGAUAAUGUCUGUGGACCAAAACGUUGCCUUCAUAAACAUAGAAGAUGUACAUACCAACAUUUUGAUGAUAACCAUUGUGUCAGAGACUGUCAGUGCAGAGAUGGUCAUUAAAAGGCUUGCACAGGUAACAGCUGCGGAGGAAAAUGAACUUGGAUGUGGAAUUGUUGUCAAAGGGAUGGCUUGGGGACUCAAACUGGUGCGUUUUGUUACACACAAUGAUGUAUCUACAGCCGACAUUGAGAAAGGUGUCCUAAAAGUCCAAUUUGUCCUCAAAGAACUUUCCUUUUUAUAAUGUCACUGACUCUUUGAUACCAAAUGUUACCUGAAAGUGGUGUAAGAGACGUGUGCUAUAUAUAUUACUGGUAGUGAUACAGGUGUAUCCACAAAUGUACGAAGGACUACUCCAGUAAAAAAAAAUAUUAGGUGGUUAGUAGGGAGUUCAACCAGCCACUCUAGUAAUCUUUUUGACAAUUAUACAAAUGUUUACCAUACAUUGUAUUACAUUAUAUUUGUAAUACAUGGUAACAACAUUGGGAACUUGGGAUCUUUUUUUUUUAUAUAAGUAUUAUAUUUUAUACAUGUGUAUAAAAUACUAGUGAUUUUAUUAGUAAUUUCCAUAUCAAUCGGAAGUAUUUGAUGAGGAAAAAACCUGGGCUUUACUGUUAGCCUCAUUAACAUCUGUUCAUCUCUGACCUAAUUUAACUCAAAGGGGAGUAUACAAUGUACCUGAUAAAGGACGAGUUAAGUUUUCCUAAAAAAUCCAUAAUAAUUCUGAAAAACACAAACUAUUCACUGAGUAUCCAAACAUGUUCUGCCAAAAGCCUAUCAUUCAAUAUGCAUUUAGUAGUUCAUAAUGUCAGUACUGAUGGCGGUUCUGGAACCAAACUGCACAAAUUUAACAAUGAAAGACUAAAGGUCAAGGGUUAUGUGACAUAUAGUUACUACAAUCGGGAACCGUCGGCACUUUCUCGAUUACGGAAAGUGCCGACGGUUCCCGAUUGAUAGUUACUAGAGAGAAUUAGAGGUUGGCACUGCCUCACUGUAUUUCCUACCUGUGUAAUAUACAGAUCCAUUACCUCUAGAUUUUCCAAAUUUGAACUACCUCAUGCUUACAGACAAUUCACUCAUUCUUGCUGUGCUACAAUCUUAACUAUAGAAAAUUCUUUGACUUUGCAGACAGGGUUAUAUACCAUAUAUUAUUCCAAUGAUGUGUUUAGUUGCAAUAGCCAAGCAAGAAUUUAAGCGUGAAACCUCCAAACUUACCCCAUAAAUAGUAACCUUUUGGCCCCCAGGUCCAGUUUCUCUACUGGGUCUACUCUUCACUUGCCAUGUACAUCUCCUUUUCUCGGGACGUACCUUUUUUGGAGGGGUAGAACCAAUAUUGGAUCACAUGACCAAUUACAUGUAGCUUUUUGUCAUGUUCAUUAAUAUAACUUUGCUACAUUUGCCACUUGUUUUGGUUUACCGCAGAUAAUAUUUAUUAUUUUUAUACACUGAAACCAAAUUUGUUGCUUCUAGUCAAAGUCUGUGAUUGUUCACAAUAUCUUUCUUUUACAGUAACUUUACCCAUCCAGCAUUAGUAGUCCGACGUUUCUUACCUACCCAGUAUUAUUAUAAUGUAUUCAGCUAACUUGUCUGUCUUCAUAUGACCUUUGUUAUUGCACAAAUACAAUGGUUUAAAAACAGUUUAAAUCUUUUAUCUAGAGCUCAAAGAACUCAGUUGAAAUGUUUGGAAUGUGAGAAUUUUAGGUUUUCAAAAAUCGGUAUUUUGAAUAUCAGAUUUACAUGCGUCUGUAUCGUGAUAACGGUUGAAAGAUUAUAUUCAAACAUUAAUGUUGAUUACCAUGAAAGUUUGAUAACUACUAUAUAACAUGGUAAUACUUUGUCAACUGUUACUCACGAUAUUAAAUAAGCAGACACAUGUCUGACAUGCAUGUUUCGACCGGCAUCUAUAACCUGUCGGAUUGUACCUCAUACCAAAGUUUCAAUGUCUAGACGUGAUACCUCAUAUCAAAGUUACAGUGUCUCGACUGUCAGGUGAUACCUCAUACCAAAGUUUCAGUGUCUAGACUGUCAGGUGAUACCUCAUACCAAAGUUUCAGUGUCUAGACUGUCAGGUGUUACCUCAUAUCAAAGUUUCAGUGUCUAGACGUGAUACCUCAUACCAAAGUUUCAGCAGCUGUCAGCUGUUUCUAGACUGGCAGGUGAUACCUCAUACCAAAGUUUCAGUGUCUAGACUGUCAGGUGAUACCUCAUACCAAAGUUUCAGUGUCUAGGCUGUCAGGUGAUACCUCAUACCAAAGUUACAGUGUCUAGACUGUCAGGUGAUACCUCAUACCAAAGUUUCAGUGUCUAGACUGUCAGGUGAUACCUCAUAUCAAAGUUUCAGUGUCUAGACGUGAUACCUCAUACCAAAGUUUCAGCAGCUGUCAGCUGUUUCUAGACUGGCAGGUGAUACCUCAUACCAAAGUUUCAGUGUCUAGACUGUCAGGUGAUACCUCAUACCAAAGUUUCAGUGUCUAGGCUGUCAGGUGAUACCUCAUACCAAAGUUUCAGUGUCUAGACUGUCAGGUGAUACCUCAUAUCAAAGUUACAGUGUCUAGACUGUCAGGUGAUACCUCAUAUCAAAGUUACAGUGUCUAGACUGUCAGGUGAUACCUCAUACCAAAGUGCCAGUGUCUAGACUGUCAGGUGAUACCUCAUACCAAAGCUUCAGUGUCUAGACGUGAUACCUCAUUCCAAAGUUUCAGUGUCUAGACGUGAUACCUCAUAUCAAAGUUUCAGUGUCUAGGUUGUCAGGCGAUACCUCAUACCAAAGUUUCAGUGUCUAGACUGUCAGGUGAUACCUCAUACCAAAGUUUCAGUGUCUAGACUGUCAGGUGAUACCUCAUACCAAAGUUUCAGUGUCUAGACUGUCAGGUGAUACCUCAUAUCAAAGUUACAGUGUCUAGACUGUCAGGUAAUACCUGUAGAACUGAUUUGUUAAUGAGACAUCAUUACUCGAUACUGUAGAACUAAUUUGUUAACGAGACAUCAUUACUUGAUACUGUAGAACUAAUCUGUUAACGAGACAUAAUUACCCGAUUCUGUAGAGCCGAUUUGUUAACAAGACAUCUUUACCCGGUACUGUAGAGCCAAUUUGUUGACAGUUUGCAUGUUAACUUGAUGUGGUGGUUGUAUAUUUCUACCUCAAAAUUGAAUUUAUUCAAGAAUAUACAAUGUAUUUGUCUGUGGUACAAACCUUAAAAUGCCAGUUUAUUCCAUUUACAUAUCAAUAUUUAGCAAAUAUAUGCGUGUAUGUAUUACAUAGUGAAACAAAUGGCGAGGGAAGAAAAUUUUAUGAAUUGUGCCCAGACAAGGCCUUAAACUCGCAUUCUAUUGAACCCAAUAGCCUAGCCAGAAAUACCAAACCUUCAAAAGUUCUUAUACCCCGAGUAAAACAAGGGAGACGUUGGAUCGUCUGUUAACUGGUGGUGGGAAAUUAUUUUGUAAUGUAGCAGGUAAACAAGCCAAAGUAUACAUGUUGUGUAUCCAAAAGUUUUUGAACAAGAAAAGCAUUAACUUAACCUAGUUUUCAUGUUUUUGUGUUUAAAGCCAACAAAAAUAUGUACCGGUGUACAAUUCCAUGUAAGGAUUUAUGGUGAUAUUAUGUCAAUCUGUUGAUUAAAUAUUUAAUAUGAAGUUAGAACUGUAAAUAGGGCACUUACAUUUUAUGAUAUUUUUAUAAAUAGACUUUUUUUUUAUCAAUACUUCACAGAUGAAGUUUUGACUGGUUGUUCCUUUUCAAUUGUUUACAAAUUGAAGUUGUGUCUAUACUUAUGAUUAUAUUUGUGAGGAAGUUUUAUAGAUCCAAUAAAUUUACACUCAUCCUA